AUCUGGGCCGUCGGAUUGGGGAUACGAGUGUGGAGAUCGCGGGUUGUGGAGAGAGACGUAGUAGAGGGGAGAAACAAAGCUUUGAUUUCUUGAGCUGGCAAUGGCGGCUUUGGCGAGGCCCGAGAUUCUGGGACGAGCAGUGGUAGCGGGCGCCUUGCCAGUCGCCGGAAGGAGCAGUAGAUCAUCCACAGUCCAGGCACUGCUAAAGAAGAAGAAGGCCGCCAAGCCCAAGGCCAAAGCGCCAGCUCCAGCCAACGAUGAGCUCGCGAAGUGGUAUGGGGAGUCGAGAAGGAUCUAUCUCCCCGAGGGAAUUCUCGAUCGAUCGGACGUGCCAGAGUACUUGACAGGAGAAGUUCCUGGAGACUAUGGCUUUGAUCCAUUUGGACUGAGCAAGAAGCCAGCGGACUUCGACAAAUAUCAAGCCUACGAACUCAUUCACGCUCGAUGGGCGAUGCUCGGCGCUGCUGGAUUUGUUAUUCCCGAGGCUUUCAACAAGUUUGGAGCACAGUGUGGCCCCGAGGCAGUGUGGUUCAAGACUGGAGCACUGCUUCUCGACGGUGGCACGCUGAAUUACUUCGGAGCAAACAUUCCAAUCAACCUCGUCCUGGCUGUUCUUGCCGAGGUGAUCCUUGUUGGAGGAGCUGAGUACUACAGAUCGAUAAACAACCUGGGAUUGGACAGGCUCCACCCGGGAGGUCCAUUCGAUCCUUUGGGCCUCGCAAAGGACCCAGACAACUUCGCUCUACUCAAAGUAAAGGAGAUUAAAAACGGGAGAUUGGCAAUGUUUGCAAUGCUGGGAUUUUUCAUCCAAGCUUACGCGACUGGCGAGGGUCCCGUGGAGAACUUGACGACUCAUCUCAGUGAUCCUUUCGGCAACAAUCUGCUGUCCGUGAUCGCUGGAGGAAUCGAGAAAUGAGAGACCGAAAAAGAGCCAAGAAAAAAAAAAGGAAAGAGCUUACGCACGGAGCUUUAGCUUGUAACCUCUACUGUGUCACGGCCUUCGAGGAAGAAAAAUUGUCCGGGCUCACAA